AUGGAUAUCACGCCCAUUGUCAUUGCCAUCAUCUCUCUCGUCGCGUCCAUAACGGUAGCUGGAUUCGGCGCCUACCUAAAUUAUUCUACGGUUGAGCGCAAAGCACGGCGAGAAGCUGAACAGCUGUUGCAAAAGUACCGGGAUCCGCUGCUCUUUGCAGCCGAGGAUCUACAGUCACGCCUCUGGGGCAUCUUUCAUACCGAUGUUCUCAGUUUCUCUGGACGGUCCGUCCAUCAUGAUGAUGCACUUUACAUAUACACGGCCUUUGUACUAGGCCAGUUCUUGGCCUGGACGCACAUUCUGCGAAGUCAAACACAGCUGCUCCCAUUCUCCUUGGAAGAAGACCAGCGACUGCAAAAGUUCCUCAUCACUCUGCACAACAUCCAGGGAGUCUUGUUACUAAGUGGCACUACCGAAAGUACCGCCUUCACCCUGUGGCGAGGGAAUCAAAUGGCCAUUGGCGAAUUCAUGACCGAGGUGCGCGACUCGGAGAAAAUGUGCAUGGGGUUUCACGAUUUCACCAAAAUCUGGAAGGGUGCUUCGAACGACGCCCAUGAUGAUCUGCACUAUUGGUUCGACCCGGUGGUGGUGGGGUUAAAGACGUUGGCAGAAAAGGGACCGGAUGUUGCGGAAGGGAACAAGCUCAGGCGACUGCAGCAUUUACUGGUCGAUCUCAUAGAGGUCCUGGACCCCCAAAAGCGUCGUCUGCAGAAGGGUCCCAUCGGACCUUGUGGCGCGGCAUCUGAUUGUCCAUGUACGAGGUGCAGACCGUUGGUUCACGAGCCCAAGGCAAAGAAAUUGGGGGGCAGAUCCUCUUGGUGGACAAAGAACAGCGAAAUUGUUUAA